GAGCGCGUCCGUCCGUGCGCGUGGUGGGAACGCUGGCAAGAUGGCGGCGCUGAAGGAGGAGCAGUGUUACGGACUGUCCUGUGGAAGAGUGAGCAAGAGCAGCAAUGUCACCGUCUUUCACGUUAAACUCACUGACAGCGCACUCAGGGCGUUUGAAGGCUUCCAGAGCAGCAAGGUCCUGUCAUCGCGGCCCAUGAUUAGAUUUGAUGGAAACAAAGGGAAAAUUUCAAUACCACGGUCAGAGAAUUCCAGCGAACUGCAAAUGUUUACCUUCGACUUGUCCAAUGUGGGCAGAGAUAACCCUCAGGGCAGCUUCGACUGCAUCCAGCAGUACAUCACCAGUAAAGGGAGUAUUCAGCUGGACUGCUUGGGCAGCAUUCAGGACAAGAUCACGGUGCGAGCCACCGAUGACUCCUACCAAAAGGCCAGGGAAAACAUGGCGCAGGUUGAGGAGGAGACUCGCAGCAGAAGCGCCAUAGUCAUCAAGCCUGGUGGAAGAUAUGUAGGUAAGAAGGUGCAGAUCCGGAAACCGGCACCUGCCCUCUCAGAUAUCGCCCCCUCACGGAGGACGUCUCGGCCUGUCCUCAUCUCCAGCAGUACGGUAAAGAAAGGCACGGCUCAGCACCGGCCUCUUCGUGAGCGCCUCAUACACGUGCUGGCCCUCAAGCCUUACAAGAAGCCUGAGCUGAUUUUAAGGUUGCAGAAAGAUGGCCUCUCGUUGACAGACAAAGAUUCCCUGGACAGCCACCUGCAACAGGUUGCCAACCUAAAUGGGAAAGAAAACACCUUCACAUUGAAGGACUUCAUGUAUAAGGAAAUCCAAACGGAUUGGCCAGGAUACACAGAAGGAGACCAGCAGCUUCUCAAGAGGAUUUUGUUCAGGAAACAGAACAGUUCUGCUCCUCCGCCUGAGAGUCCCCCCAACGAGCUGGCCGGCAGUUCUCCAUCUCAGAAACGUCCUGCUGCUGACUUUAUCGACCCCCUUGUCAACAAAAAGCCAAGAAUAUCACAUCUUGCCAACAAGGCUGCAACAGUCCCAGUGAAUGGCAAGCUCAGCUCUUCCAACGGCAAAGGAGAACCGGGUGGAGCAAAGUCAGGAGUGGCAUCAUCUAUGUCGGACGGCGGCGUAACAUCCAGCUCGCAGCCCCUUCCAGUGCUGGACAUCCCUCGUCCUUUUGAAGUGCUGUCGGACGUCAGCAAUGAUUCGAGCCACAAUGGACGUGACUGCGACUCUCAGGAAGUGGCUGUAUCCGAGAGGCUCGGUCAACCACCUUCAGUCUUGUCUGCAUCAACGGUGGUGGCUGCACCCAGCAUUAGCGCGUCGUCCUCUGGACACACAGUGCUGAAGAGCCCGCAGGACAAUAGUUCCUUAUCUUUUAACAACAAAUCCAAAAAGAAGUCAAAAAAGCAUAAAGACAAGGACAAGAGCAAAGCCAAGGAGAAGGGGAGAGAAAAGGAGAGGAAGAGUGGUGAGGAGCCCAACACGGCCUUCAAGACGAGCCCAAAAGAUUUGAAAAACAGUGUUCUGCUCAAAAGCACAGAUCUGAAUGGAACGUGCAACAGUACCAGUAUUUCUUCGUCAUCACCUGAAGUGGCAGACUAUUUAUUGAAGUACACAGUGAUUAUCUCUCCAGAACAACGUCAGAGUUAUAAAAACGAUUUCAACGCAGAGUACAGCGAGUACCGGAGUCUGCAUGCUCGAAUAGAGGAAAUCACCCGGCAGUUCACCGUGCUCGACAAUGAACUCAAACAACUUCCACACGGCACAGAAAAGUACAAGACAAUCCACAAUCAGAUACUUGAAGAGUAUCAUAAAAUAAAAAAGACUAAUCCAAACUAUAGCCAAGAGAAGAACCGCUGUGAAUAUCUACACACCAAACUGGCGCAUAUAAAGAAACUUAUUGCGGAGUACGAUCAACAGCAAAUUUAAAAGUAGCUACUGGACACUUUUCCUGUUAUCUCUGGAAACC